AUGAUCUCUGUCGAUCUCGGCCAUGCUCGCCCGGUCACCGCCGUCGCUCGGGUCUUUACGCACGACGGGACUGCGGCCUUGGAGACGUUCCGAUUCGGGAAAGAAGGGCCUGAGGGUAUCACAGCCCAAGCGAAUCGGAAGGGUGCUCGUCAACGCGCCAACAAAACGCGUCGCAUCAACGAAGCCUUGCAAAAGAACAAGCUCGCGUGGUGCCCACUUGCCACGAAGCUCGGCCUACCCCUUCGCCACACUUACGACGCGAUCUCGGUCUCGAGCACCCAGAAAGAAGACACUGUCGAUCUUGUACAAACAGACCCAACAAUUUGCAAAGGUGUUUGGUCUUGAGAGUAUGGGUGAGUUCGCGCUGGCAACGAUUCCCAGUGUAGUCCAAGGGGAUCUGCUCGCAGCCUUCAAGUGGUCAAUUGGGUGGACUACGCUGACACCGUUUACGAACUCGUGCCCACGCGAUCCGACACCUGGCAGCCGCAGCCCGUCGACCCAAUCAGUCAACUUCAUCUCCACCCACCCAUCCCGAGACCGCAACCUACGGCGACCUACUCUCAAAGGAGUCGCGACCCGUCUUCCUCGUCCUCGGCAACGGCUUCACCAGCCCUGGACCCAACCCGUCGGGCGUAUCGUACGCCCAUAGCUGAGUCAAGAUGCUGUACCGCUAUCUCCAGGCGCUCGGGCUCGAGUACAUCGGCUUCUACACCGGGAGCGAAUACUUGACGUCGAAACUGUGCUGGCAUCUGGACUGUAGGAACACGGACGGCACGAGGAGUUGGUAAGUUUGCCAUGAUCGGGCCCUCGAUCAGUGUCGUUUUUGCCGAGCUCGAAGCACCACUGCACACUCAGCUGGCACUGACGCUCGCGCCGUAUCGUGAUCUGCCUCCGCAGGGUCGGACUUGCCCUGCGACCAAACGGCUCCACCUGUUUCCGCGUUGCCCUAGGCGGUGGAACCUGCGUCCACAUGCCUGCCGACCGGGACAUCAUGGGAUCGGGGAACUGCCUGAAUGCGUUCGAGCAUGAGAUCCUAUGGGGCCGGCACCCGUUCUUCCGGUCGGCUCCCGCCGCUGUGCAAGCAUCGCAGGACCAGCAGUAA